GUCAAUGGGUUUGUUUGCAAGAAUUCGAUGGAAGUCAACGCCGAUGACUUCUUCAAGGCAGCUGCUCUGGACAGGCCUAGGGUGACCAACAAGGUUGGAUCCAAUGUCAGCUUGAUCAAUGUCAUGCAGAUUGCUGGACUCAACAUCCUCGGCAUCUCAAUCGCACGGAUCGACUAUGCUCCCUUAGGACAAAACCCACCACAUACGCAUCCUCGCGCCACUGAGAUCCUGACGAUACAGCUGGGGACAUUGUAUGUUGGCUUUGUGACAUCCAACCAAGAGAAUCGAUUCCUCUCAAAGGUGCUAAACAAAGGUGAUGUGUUUGUGUUCCCUGUGGGGCUCAUCCACUUCCAAUUCAACCCCAACCCCUACAAGCCAGCUGUUGCAAUUGCCGCGCUCAGCAGCCAGAACCCAGGGGCUAUCACAAUUGCCACUGCAGUGUUUGGAUCCUGUACGCAGUGGAGCUGA